UCGUUAUGAAACAGUUGUUGACGUUAAAAGCACCUUGUUCGCGUAACAAUUUUCACACGGAACCGUAGUGCUUUUCUGCGAGUGAAAAAGUUAAUUUUCCCGGCCAUUUUACCAUCACAAAAUGUCGUACGCCCUGCGUAGCGCUCGUUUGGUCGCCCUGGCGCGUCCCUCGAUCCGUAUGGUACAGUCCCGCGGCUAUGCCGACGAGAUGGCCUUCACACUGGCUGCGGCGAACAAGGUGUUCUACGACAGCGCCAACAUCCGGCAGGUCGAUGUUCCGUCGUUUAGCGGUGCGUUCGGUAUUCUGCCCAAGCAUGUCCCGACACUGGCCGUCCUGAAGCCGGGUGUUGUCACCGUGUACGAGAACGAGGGAGCGGUAAAGAAAAUUUUCGUCUCCAGCGGAACCGUCACGGUGAACGAGGAUGCAUCGGUGCAGGUACUGGCGGAGGAAGCACACCCGGUGGAAGAUCUCGAUUCGUCCGCAUGCCGAGAACUGCUUUCCAACGCCCAGACCCAACUGUCCUCCGCCUCGGGUGAUAAGGAUAAGGCCGAAGCCGCCAUUGCCCUGGAAGUCGCGGAAGCGCUUGUUAAGGCUUCCGAAUAAACUGCCUGUUAAAUCCCUCUGCUCUGGUCCUGGUAGCAGGACGCGUACAACAAAUGACUCAGUCAAAAUCCGCGGAACAUGGAGCCGAAACCAAUGAAUAGAUGGACGCCGGGAAUCGGAUGCACUACAUUAUGCGUUCUAGCGUUUGUGGUAAACUACAUCAAAUUGGCGAAUAAAAUAGAGUUGUUCCUUUAAAACA